UGGGAUGCAAAACCACUCCAUACAUGAUAGUAGUGCUUCCUACUAUUGUCAGACAUUGUCCAUAUUUCAUGGUAUGCAUGAGGCUUAAGGAAUAAGAGGAAGAUAGGAUGGCCAAUUCAGCGUUGGAGAUACUGGGUCUUCUACUGACCCUCAUUGGGCUGAUCGGGGCAGCAGCAAGCACUGGGAUGCCGAUGUGGCGAGUCACCGCCUUCAUUGGGGAAAACAUCAUUGUGUUUGAGACCCGCUACGAGGGUCUGUGGAUGAACUGCUUUCGGCAGGCCGACAUCAGGAUGCAGUGUAAGGUGUACGACUCUCUCUUGGCCUUGCCUCCUGACCUGCAGGCAGCUCGGGGGCUUAUGUGUUGCGCUCUGGCGCUGGGUGGCCUCGGCUUGCUGAUCAGUUUGGUGGGAAUGCAGUGCACAUCUUGCAUUCAAAACAAUGACCGGGCUAAGCGAAUGGUCCUCAUCAUUGCAGGAAGCAUGAUCAUAAUGGCUUGCAUCUGUGUCCUCAUCCCUGUGUCCUGGACGGGUCACGUCAUUAUCAGGGACUUCUACAAUCCUCUGCUCAUCGACGCACAGCGCAGGGAGCUUGGAGAGGCCCUGUACAUCGGCUGGGUGGCCUCUGCUUUCUUGAUGGCUGGAGGGUGCAUGUUUACUUGUUGCAAUAUACAGUCGGAUGGAAAAGGCUCAGAGAGGUACAUAUAUUCCAGGAAUUCUGACUACAUAGCGUACCCUCCACAGCCUCUCCAGCCUCAACAGCUGGUCAUGCUUCCCCAGCCACAGCCUCAGUACUACCCUCAAGCUCAGCCAGUGCUAUCAAGACACCCAUCAACUGUCCACAGCUACCAUUCCAGGCACCCCUCAGUCCGCAGUGGAGUGGCUUACCUCUGAACUCUUUAAAUGACUGCUAAUGAGGUAAUGACAAUCACAGUUACAGUCAUAAGGAAAUAAUAUAGGCAGUGUAAUGUAUUUCAAACGUCCAAAGCUGUUUCAUAUAACCAACAUUUCAAUCAAUUUACCACAUGUGAAGAAAUUUUAAUUUCUCUUUAUAAACAAUGCAUUUAUCUUGCAAAGACACCCUUCAUACAGACUACCAAUGGUCUGUAAUGUGAUUGCAACCUCGUCCUAUAUAUCAAGUCUUCAUUUCUUUAACUUUUAUGCUAACUGUAUCAUUUAAUUUUAUAUUUGCAGUCUUCUUUUGUAUGUUAACUCGAGAGAACGUGUCGGUAAUUAAGGCUGAACAAUUUGCAAAACUAAUAAUUUUGAGAAAUAUUUUCUCUAAAUCAUGGUUUGAGUAACAAUAGCCAUUUUCUAAUUUUAAGGAAAACAGGAUUUGGGCUCAAGUAUGUACGUAACAAGCACAUUCCCUUUACAUUUUCGGUAAGCUGAACCAACAAUGCUAAGGUAUGGUGCUUCAAAAUGUUAAACACUGACACAUAAAAAAAACCCUGCAGCUGCUGCGAUUUGGCCACUUGUUCAUGUUGUGAUUUCAAUAAUAUUUCAAUUGACUGUUUAAACCUGGUCUGUAUAUGCUGUACAUAGAUAUUCAUUUAAUCUUAACCAUCAGUGUGUAUUUGGGUUUAUAGUCAAAUACCAUUAGUUGUAUGCAUUAAUAUCAGAGGUGGAGUAUUGUGUUGUAGGCUUAAGAGUUAAUAUUUCACAGAUAUUUCAACCCAAUUUCCAAACAACUUCACUGACCUCUUAAUUUUACCUCACCCCACCCAUCCACACACAAAAACAAGAGCAUUACUGUGCACAAAUAUAUCUGUAGGGCACAAAUAACUAGUCAAUAUCACUCUCAAUCUCUUGCUCAUAUGACAACCAAUACUUUCCUCCUCCAAUACCAGUAUGAAACUCAUGAUCAACAAAGUAACACAAAGCCAUCACUACAGUAACAGUGUGUGUCUGUGAGAUCAGAAACCAAAUGUGAGUGUGUUAAACUUCCCUAGAGCUCUUGGAAACAGAUAAACCUGAGCUACUAGCUAAGUAAACAUGAAAUUGAGGUUUAAGACUGUUUGUUAAGGUGUGCACAUGGAGGAAACUUAACAAGAUACCAUACUGUUUGUUCAGAGAGAUGAGGGAGCAGCCCUGAAGCACAGUCAUGUGGUCAUGUGUCCAGAAUUUGCAAGUGUCUUUGCAUGAAGACACAGAGAGCUUUGAGCUGAAACCUGUGUUUUUUUCUGUGUUGAUCCACCAGCCUCUGUUUAACCAUUUUAAGUAUAUAAGCCCGUCACCUGUUUGGUCAUAUCAUUUCAGUUUUAGUGAGCUCAAAAGCAAGCUGCAAUUAAAGUUGCGACAGUGAAAUUUCUAUUUUCAAUAAAAUUAAUGAGCAUAUAUUGUCAAACAGAAAAAAUAUACAAGUAGGGCUAGGCAAUGUAUGAAAUUCAUUUGAUUAAUCAAGGUUUUGCUUUCUGAAAAUUGUGAAAAAUGUUACCUUACAAAAUUGAUAUUAUUCCUCUGAAGAUCUUUCCUGCUCCAAAAUAUAUCCAAAAUGAAACCUGUUUACUUCUUGGAAUAUAUCCAUUGUGAAUGUGUUUCUUCAGUUAUCUAGUGCAUAAUUUUAAUAAAAAAAAAACAUUUUUACAGUCAAACUGUUUUCACUUCAUGUAGCCAGAAAACAGUCAAAAUCCUAAAUCAUUCAAAACAUUGAAAAAAAAAAAACUACUUUUGCCAAUAUCACCCAGCCCUAUCUACAAGUUUGAGAAAGAGUAAAUGUUUAGUGCUUUAUA